AUGCGUUAUACGGAAGGCCGGUGGCUUGCAGGAUGGGUCGAACUCCGGGUUGAAAAAGCCUUCCUCGGCCUUCAGCCCCGGUCCGAUCCUUCUCGUUUUCCGUUGCCGGUUUGUUUCAUAUCCGUUUCCAGAAUACACUCAGCCCCGGACAAACAGGACAUGGACCCGAAUCAUUCCAAGAUCAUACUGGUGACAGGAGCCAAUCAAGGCCUCGGCCUCGCGGUCAUUGAAGUCGCCGGCAUACGCUAUCCGUCCAACACGUACAUUCUCGGUGCGCGAGACAUCCAGAAGGGCAAGGGGGCGAUUGCUGAGCUCCGUGACCGCGGAGUCAGCGCCCCCAUUGACGUAGUGGAGCUGGACGCGACCAACGACGCCCACAUCGCCGCCGCCGUCCGACAUGUGGAGACGCAGUACGGGCGGCUCGACGGUAAGGCCCGCGCGCCGCAUUCAUCUUAG